AUGAUGUCCCUUCUAACAGCAACAGGUUUUUUCCGAAGUGCUUGGCUGUGUACAGUCCUCAUUCAGAACACAAUCGAUGAGUAUCUCGAGUUUAGGCAGUUGAAGAAGAAUGCUGGCACUAAGAUGCCGCAUGAAGUUAAAGGCUUAGUCGAUGAGGAAACUUUCGUGAAAUCGCAGAAAUACAACUACGAUAAGCGCUUUUUUGGAAUGCUAGUAUCCUUUGUAGAGAUGCUUUUCGACAUUUGGGUGACACUAAGAGUAACCGGCGCUCUCUUCGUGUGGACUGGUACUGUCGUUUCCCCUGAAAAUGAGUAUAUGCGUACUAUACUCUGGUUUAUAGUUGGAUCCUGGAUGAACAAUGUUAUUGCUAUUCCAAUAGCAGCAUACCGCACUUUUGUUAUCGAGCAACGCCAUGGCUUCAACAGGAUGACCGCUAAACUGUUCAUCACAGAUCUUGUGAAAUCCGAGAUCAUCUCCAUGGUAUUUGUAUUUCUCCUAGUCCCACCUGUUAUCUACCUGAUCCGUUGGGGAGGUGAAUACUUCUAUGUAUACGUUUGGGUCUUUGCCCAAGUUGUCGUUGUGGUGAUGAUGUUCGUUUACCCUGCGGUCAUCCAACCCCUGUUCAACAAAUAUGAACCACUUCACGACAUGCAACUUCGUGAGAAGAUUGAGGCAUUGGCUGCUUCCCAUCACUUCCCACUCACUAAACUCUUCCAGGUUGACGGCUCUAAACGGUCCUCCCACAGUAACGCCUAUUUCUUUGGUUUUUGGAAGAGCAAACGUAUCGUACUUUUUGAUACCCUCCUCACGUUAACUCACGAGGAGAUCCUCUCGGUGUUAUCACAUGAGCUCGGCCAUUGGUACCAUAAUCAUCUGGUGAAGUCGAUGACAGCGGCAAGUGCUCAUCUGUUCGUCAUCAUGUACGCCUAUGGAAUCUUCGUACAGCGAUAUGGGGUGCAACUAUUGAGCGACUUUGGCUUCCCUACAAUGCCUGACGGAUCGGUCCCAGCGAUGGUGGCGUUGAUGCUAUUCACCCGACUAUGGCAGCCGAUCGAUCAAGCUAUUGACGUUCUGAUGACCGUCCAAACCAGGACAUUCGAGUUUCAAGCCGACCGUUUCUCAGUUGAUGAUGGUCGUAGUGGUGACUUGAAAACGGCCCUGACCAAACUGCAGAAGGACAAUCUUGGUGAUAUGGAUCCUGACAGACUAUAUGCAUGGGUGAAAUACACUCAUCCAGCUAUUGUAGAGCGUCUGAGAGGCAUUGAAGAUGCACAAGCUCUGUAUGAGAAAAGAGGAGGCAAGCCCGCAGCUAUAUUCGAGACUUCUAAAGACAAGGAAGAUGGAGUAUUAGUGGAGAAGGAGGACGUGCCUGCUGAAGCUGGUUUGAGGGAACGCAAGUAGA